AUGGGGCCGUCCUGGUCCUCCCCCAGCCCUCACCAGCCCCUGCCCUGGCAGUUUGAUGAGAGACAGACAAACUUCCCCGUGGACCCUGUGCGGGGCCUGGACGCGGCCGAGCUCACCCGGCUGCUCCGUGUCCACAGCCUGCAGCUGGUGAUGGAGUUCACCAACGAGACAUCCAACCAGAUCUUCAGUGCCAAGAUCCCCCACCACAUGCUGCUCUUUCUCAACAAGUCAUCAUCAGAGCAGCUGGCGCUGCAGGACAACUUCAGGGCAGCUGCUGGUGCCUUCCGGGGUGAGGUGCUCUUUGUGGUGGUGGAUGUGACCGGGCACGGUGCCGACGUCCUGUCCUUCUUUGGCAUGACACCCUCCGACGCGCCCACCCUGCGCCUCGUCAAGAUGAAGAACAACCGCAAGUACCAGAUGGACCAGGAUGACUUCUCGGACAAGGCCAUAAGCACCUUCAUCCAGGCAGUGCUGGAUGGCAAGGUGAAGCCCCGUCUGUUGAGUGAGGAGCCCCCCGAGGACUGGGACAAGCGACCUCUUAAAGUCCUGGUCGGGAAGACCUUUGAGCAGGUGGCGUUCGAUGAGACAAAGAACGUCUUCAUCAAGUUCUACGCGCCGUGGUGCUCCCACUGCCAGGCCAUGGCAGCUGCCUGGGAGGAGCUGGCUGAGCGCUACAAGGACCACGAGGACAUCAUCAUUGCAGAGAUGGAUGCCACGGCCAACGAGCUGGAGAACAUCACCAUCCAUGGCUUCCCAACCCUGCACUACUUCCCCGCGGGGCCGGGCAGGAAGAUGGUGGAGUAUAAGAGCGCCCGAGAUGUGGAGACCUUCUCCAAAUUCCUGGAAAAUGGGGGAACGUUGCCUGUGGAGCCACCUGCGGUAACAAAGACUCCUGGGAACAGCACGGACAGGGAGGAUCCGAGUCUGUUGGUGACAGAUGAAUCCCGGGAUGAGCUGUGA